AUGGAUUAUUUGAAAAGUCCCAUCACUGUCCUUGUAAUACCGUUUAUCUAUACUUUAAUAUUUCUGGUAGGAUUACCAGCCAAUGGCCUUGCUUUGUGGGUUUUGAUGACCAAAGUCAAGAAGAUGACCUCUACAGUCUUCCUUAUGAACCUAGCAGUGGCAGACCUCUUACUCAUCCUGGUGCUGCCUUUCAAGAUACUUUAUUACUUCAUGGGAAAUAACUGGAUCUUUGGAGAGAUAAUGUGCAGGGCUGUAACUAGUUUCUUUUAUGGAAACAUGUAUUGUUCAGUUCUUCUCCUCAUGAGCAUCAGUAUUGACCGCUACUUGGCUGUCGUUCACCCUUUCUUCUCUAGAACAUUUAGAAGUAGGGCUUUUGCCAUUGCCAUAUGCUCGAUUUCCUGGCUAAUCUCUGUUUUAUGUACAAUUCCUUUGACUACAAUGCAACAAUCCUAUCCAUUAUUAAAUGCUGACAUUACAGUGUGCCAUGAUGCUCUUCCCAGACAAGAGCAAGCGGAUUAUCUUGUUUAUUAUUUCAUUACUACCAUUGUUGUCUGCUUUAUUUUACCUCUGGUGAUCAUAAUCUUCAGCUACAUCUCUGUUAUUCGAGCACUGGUAUUGAGUGGAGAAAAAUACGCCCAUGCCAUAAAACUGAGUGUCUUGGUUUUGGUGAUAGUGAUAGUCUUCUUGACACCCAGCAAUGUGGUUCUUUUAAUUCAUUAUUCUGAGCACUGUCUGAAAAGUUAUGGAAACCUAUAUGCUGUCUAUAUGGUCUGUUUAACUCUAAGUGCCAUUAACAGCUGUGUGGAUCCCUUCGUAUAUUAUUAUGUGUCAGAAGAAUUUAGAGACAAGGUGAGGCACAGGUUUCGGAAAAGCUCCAAAUUAUCUAUCACUUCAGUCAAGACUUCUAAAGAGACUCUUCCAGCCAACUACUCCAAUUCCUGCUCGCAUUCAGUGUUGUGA